AUGGAGGUGGUUGCCGAAGAAGCUAGAAAGUUUGAGAAACAUGAAGACUGUAGGGAGGCAGAUGAUUUUGAACGAAAAGGAAGACUGAAUAUUUCAUGUACAGAUGUUGAGCUCUUACAUGUACAGUUGAUUUUUGGAGGUUGCAACGAUCACGUGGAUGUUCAAAUUGUUCAUAUGCUACAGCCAAAGAGGAGUAAUAAUCCAUGCCUUCCUUCCCUGAGGUGCUUCAAAGUAAAUCAAAGAAAACGCCAAGUCAUAACACCAACAUGGAGCCUCUUGGUUCCCGUGCCAAUGAUUCGUCCUACAGCUCUAGCUCAGUUAAACAAGAGCAGGAUAGUGAGUACCGUCCUCGCUCUCGGCCACCAUCAAGAAACCGCCAAAGUUUUCGUCGCAUCAGCUCUACUUCCAAAAGCCCUGGUAGCCACUAUCGUCGGCAUGCUGAAUGCCCUCAGUUUUCAAAUCACUAUCGACUACGCUCUCGAAGUCCCAAGUAUUCCCGCGACGCUCAUGUCCGUUCCAGAAGUCCGCACAGCUCCCACCGCUCUAGCUCAUAUCAAGAGGUUUCAAGCUCCAAUUUUCAUAGAUAUCAAUCUCCUCGUCAUAGACGUACUCCUAGUGAUAGGGACGUUGCAAGUAGCUCUUAUUACAGGCCAUCGUAUACAGUACGGCAUAGGAGCAUACCGUCUGAGUCCAAAGGCCAACCUCUUUCUUUUAUGUCGACGUACAACCUGGGGGAGUCUCCAGAUAACGAGAAGUCCGCUCGCCGCCCCCGCAGAAGGAUCACAAAUUGUGAGGCAAUCAACAGUUUUUGAACGAUCAACAUCGACGGUGAACGCUGCUUCAGUCAAUUCUGUUAGAGAUGUAAGAUACUCCUUGAGCGAAGGAACAAGACCAAGACAAGCGGAAGGUUUAGACAUCCAACGCCAAAUAUCAUCCCUUUUAUAUCCUCGCAAGCCAAAAACUCUGCCUCCAUCAUCAUUCAACCCCAAGGCUGACUCCCGAGUUACUAUUUCAUCUCCAAAAAUUAGAAUUAACACAGAGACUCUCCAAACGAAGAUUCAAGAGCUUCGUCGCGCUUCUUCCGCAAGCAAAAGACCUAGACCGAUCCCAAGCGUCAUGGACGAAUCCUUUUUCACCAAUAGCCCCUUCCAAUCAGAGCCCUAUGUAAGCGUAUCCUUAAGUGGACAAGAAAAGUUGAAUAGAUAG